AUGGCGUUGGAUUGUGACCAAACCGCUGGGAAUCUUGGCCGCCUGCUCGCGCUCGGAAUCACUGUUGCCAUAGUCUCUGCCGACCGGGGUGCCAUCUUCCUUCCAGAACGGGCCGUCAUGGGCGUGGAUAUCAGUCUGAACGACCUCGGGGCCCGACACGAUGGUGAACUGGAUCAUCAGGACCUUGCGCUUCUACUUCUUGUCCUUGCCCCUGCGCUUCUUGGCCUGGCCGGAGGGGGCGUCGGGUGCCUGGCUCGUAGAUACCAGUUAGUCAAUGGACUGAGGAAAAAGCCGGAGAAAGAGGAGGCUGUCCGAAGCCCGUGA